AUGGCUCUCCCUCCAGUAUUCGAAAGAUUUCGAACGGCUCGAGUGACGAGAUUGUUGAAGAGCUCGUCGAUCUACAACCGCUCAACCCUCAAAACUCUCUUCUCCUUGACCGACGAUCAGCGCUCUUCUCUGUUCUCUGCACUAGAAGAUUUCGAGCUUGAUCCCGUCCAACUUAGGCUCUGGGGUAAAAGAUUGCCUCCGAGAGUUAGGAAAGGAUUGCUCAACUUGCGCCAUCAGCCUAAGCUUUGUCUUAAACACCUUUGCAGAAACUCGCUUCCGAUCUCUUCUCUCCUUCCUUCUACUUGCGAUCCCAAUCUUUGA